UCGUAGCAUUCUCGGCAAAACCAUCGACGUGUUUGUGUUGUGUUCCUCCGUUAUUUUUGCCAAUUUGAUUGGAAAGGGGUAAAAGUAAAGGCGGACAAACUUUGCCAAGAUGAACUUGUGCAAUUCGAGAUUCUCCGUUACGUUUGUGCGGCAGUGCUCGACGAUUUUAACGUCUCGUGCCAGCAUCAUUCGAGAAAACAAAUGCUCGUCGUUAAACGGGCUCAGUUUUUGGAUUACUAGUAGUUCCACCAGUGCACAACAUACGUUCCAGAGAACAAUGAGCUCGGCGGGACAGCGAGGAUCGCGCGACAGCUAUGGAAGCCCUGGGGCGGGAGCUGGGCAAUCUGGAACGGCGGCAAGUGGUACCCCCUUCCAGCAUCCCCAUUGCGACCGGGCGGCCAUGUACGACCAGCCGGUGCGAAAGAUGAGGACCAAAGGAGGAUCCUACGACUACGACCUAAUUGUGAUUGGUGGUGGAUCAGCUGGUCUGGCCUGCGCCAAGGAGGCAGUCCUCAAUGGAGCUCGUGUAGCCUGUUUGGAUUACGUUAAGCCCACGCCCACUCUUGGUACCAAAUGGGGCGUUGGCGGCACCUGCGUAAACGUUGGAUGCAUUCCCAAGAAGCUGAUGCACCAGGCUUCUCUUUUGGGUGAAGCUGUUCAUGAGGCCGCCGCCUACGGCUGGAACGUGGAUGAUAAGAUCAAGCCAGACUGGAACAAACUAGUGCAGUCUGUACAGAACCACAUUAAGUCCGUUAACUGGGUGACCCGUGUGGAUCUGCGCGACAAGAAAGUGGAGUACAUCAAUGGACUAGGUUCCUUUGUGGACUCUCAUACCUUGGUGGCCAAGCUAAAGAGCGGCGAACGCACAAUCACCGCUCAGACCUUUGUUAUUGCCGUGGGCGGCCGACCCCGGUAUCCGGAUAUUCCCGGAGCCGUGGAGUAUGGCAUCACCAGCGAUGAUCUGUUCAGUUUGGAUCGCGAACCCGGCAAGACUUUGGUUGUUGGAGCUGGAUACAUUGGCCUGGAGUGUGCUGGAUUCCUGAAGGGUCUUGGCUACGAGCCCACCGUGAUGGUGCGUUCCAUUGUGCUGCGUGGCUUCGACCAGCAAAUGGCAGAGCUUGUAGCCUCGUCGAUGGAGGAGCGCGGCAUUCCAUUCCUGCGCAAGUCGGUGCCGCUGUCCGUGGAGAAGCAGGAUGAUGGCAAGCUGCUCGUUAAGUACAAGAACACAGAGACCGGCGAGGAGGCCGAGGAUCUCUUCGACACCGUGCUGUGGGCCAUCGGUCGCAAGGGUCUUGUAGACGAUCUGAACCUGCCCAAUGCCGGCGUCAGUGUUCAGAAGGACAAGAUUCCAGUGGAUUCACAAGAGGCAACCAAUGUGGCGAACAUCUAUGCUGUUGGUGACAUCAUCUAUGGUAAACCAGAACUGACGCCCGUAGCCGUUUUGGCUGGUCGACUGCUGGCUCGCCGCCUGUAUGGAGGCGCUACCCAGCGCAUGGACUACAACGAUGUGGCCACCACCGUGUUUACACCCCUGGAAUACGCCUGUGUGGGUCUGAGCGAGGAGGAUGCUGUGAAGCAGUACGGAGCCGAUGAGGUGGAGGUCUUCCACGGCUACUACAAGCCCACGGAGUUCUUCAUCCCCCAAAAGAGCGUGCGUUACUGUUAUUUGAAGGCGGUGGCCGAGCGUCAUGGCGAUCAGCGAGUCUAUGGACUGCACUACAUCGGGCCCGUGGCCGGUGAGGUAAUCCAAGGCUUCGCUGCCGCCCUGAAGUCCGGCCUGACCAUCAACACACUGAUCAACACCGUGGGCAUUCAUCCUACAACCGCCGAAGAGUUCACCCGUCUGAGCAUCACCAAGCGCUCGGGAUUGGAUCCCACACCGGCCAGCUGCUGCAGCUAAAGCGGGAUUACAGCUAAUGUCGCCUGGGACGCCGUCGAAAAACGAUCCUACAACCUGAAUCCCCCCGCGGCCCAGCGAUUGAAGAGUUCAAUAGUUCCGUUUCAGUUUCUACAAUUAACACCCAUACAAUAGCUCUGCAGAAGGUAGGGGCAAUGGGCAGCAACAACGGGUAGAACACCAGUGAAACUUCCCGCGCAACCAGCCCAUCCCACGACUGCUGCGCAUGCCGCUGACAUGCACUCAAAAUUUUGAAUUUGUUUGAACCUAUGAAAUCCCCUAAAUGUAUGGCUGAAAAAUAUAAUUUUUCACCCACAAUAACUGAGUUUUAUAUUAAAUGAUUCCUUUUUAGUAGAA